CCCAGAUGGAUUUCACUUCCACUUCCUUGCAAAGGAACUACCCUUUGCACUUCAUUCAUGGUGCUAUAUCCUUUGUGGUUCACUUAAGAGACUUAGUAGGCUUUAAGGAUUUUGUUAGGAAAAGAAAUCUGGGCAGCAAUGAAGAAGAUGGCUUCCUCAAGGAUUUUUGGGAAGGUGCGUUUCAAUGUGCAUUUCCCAACUCCAGCAGAGAGAAGAAUUUUGAUGGUCUAUGCACUGGGGAGGAGAAGAUAGAGACUCUCCCUUCUUCGAUUUUUGACAUGAACAUGAAUAGCCACAGUUACACCAUCUACAAUGCCGUCUAUGCUGUGGUACAUGCCUUGCGUGCUCUAUAUUCAUUCAAAAGGAAACACAAAGUUCUGCCAGAUAAAAGUCAACUGAAUCUUCUCCAGCAAGGAUCAUGGAAGGUUUCAGAUCCAAACCAGACAGUUAUGGAGAAGCAGAUGAAAGAUUCAAUAAUUCUUCUAUAGAACUCAAUCAGUAGCUCUUAUAUACUAGAAUCCUAGUAUUCUUAAAGGAUACUUAAAGGAUAUUAUGGAUACUAUGACAAAAAUCAAUAAUUAAUCAAGAAAAUAUUAGAUCUCUUCCAAAAGUCCUCUUAGCUCUUGGUCUAAUAAAUUUCAUAGCAACUUUAUUUCUUUUUCUCUUUGAGUUGCAUCAUUUUCUGAGGACUGUCUCAUUUAACAAUAAUGCUGGGGAGCCUGUUUCCUUUGAUGAAAGUGGACAAUUGGUGUCAGGAUUUGACAUAAUCAACUGGAUCACCUUGCCAAACCAGUCCCUCCUUAGAGUCAAAGUUGGAAGUUUAGAUGUACAUACUUCUGAAGCUAUGAAGUUCACCAUUCAGGAGAAGGCCAUUGUUUGGCCCACCAGUUUUAAUCAGGUUCAGCCCCUUUCUGUAUGCAAUGAUCAUUGUCUUUCAGGUCAUAGAAAAACCAUGAAAGAAGAGAAACUGUUCUGUUGCUAUGACUGCCUUCCAUGUGCAGAAGGAAAGAUUUCAGCCCAAGAGGAUGCAGAUGACUGUGUCCCAUGUCCAGGGGAUCAGUAUGCAAAUUUCUAUCAAAAUGCAUGCAUUGUUAAAGAGAUAUCCUUCUUAUCUUACCAAGACAUUUUAGGAAUUACAUCUUUGGUGUUUGCAUUCUCCUUGGUUUUCAUGACAGUACUUGUGCUUGCUAUCUUCAUUAAAUACAAUGACACACCAAUUGUCAAAGCCAACAACCAGAGCCUUUCCUACCUUCUCCUCAUCUCUCUUCUCUUCUCCUUCCUUUCUGCUUUCCUUUUCAUUGGUCGGCCAACAGUACUGACAUGUCUCCUUCAACAAGUUGCUUUUAGCUUCAUAUUUUCAGUAGCCAUUUCUUGUGUGCUGGCCAAGACUAUCAUCGUAGUUCUUGCUUUCAUGGCCACCAAACCAGGAUCUGAAAUAAGGAAAUGGGCAGGAAACAGAUUGGCUACUUCGAUUGUCUUUUCUUGCUCCUUUAUUCAAGCUUCUCUUUGUGUCAUUUGGCUGGCAACCUCUGCCCCAUUUCUAAAUUUUGACAUGUAUUCCCUGCAUAAAGAAAUUAUAUUAGAAUGUAAUGAAGGGUCAAUUUACAUGUUUUACUGUGUUUUGGGUUUCAUGAACAUUCUUGCCCUGGUCAGUUUCAUGGUUGCUUACCUAGCUAGGAACUUGCCUGACACGUUUAAUGAAGCCAAGUUCAUCACCUUCAGCAUGCUGAUCGUCUGCAGUGUGUGGUUGUCAUUUUUCCCAGCCUAUCUGAGCACCAAGGGCAAACACAUGGUGGCUGUGGAAAUCUUCUCCAUCUUUGGCUCCAGCGCAGGGUUACUGGCUUGCAUUUUUUUACCCAAAUGUUAUAUUAUUCUUUUCCAGCCUGAAUUAAAUAAAAGAGAACAGCUAGUGAGGAGGUAAUAAUAUUUCCAUGUUUUUAUUUAUCAUU